UUGCUGUAGACACCGGCGCGGACCGCAGCCUAACGCCAAGCCGUUGCUUAUCCACCAGAGAAAGACACGUCUUAAGAUAACCGUAUAAAGGAAACAGAAGCUAGAAUUGUGUCGGCCUGAAGACUUGAGUGGAGUAAAGAUGCUGACGGACGUGAUAGUAGAAGAGGGAUUCGAUCACAAUGAAGAGGAGCUGUGGUACAGCAGGAAGGAUUUAGAGCACGAUCUUCAUUUGGCCGCAGAGCUGGGCAAGACUCUGUUGGACAGGAAUCAUGAGCUGGAGCAGGGCCUUAAGCAGAUGUACUCCACCAAUCACGAGCAGCUGCAGGAGAUUGAGUACUUGACCAAGCAGGUGGACCUACUGAGGCAGAUGAAUGACCAACAUGCCAAAGGUUAUGAGCAACUGGACCUGGCAGCACGAGAUCUGGAGAAGAGCAACCAGAGGCUGGCGCAGGAGAACCGCACGGCCCAGCACAGGAUCCAGAGUUUGACUGAGACCGUAGAUGGAUUGCAGGCUCAUAUGGAGAACCUUCAGAAGCAGGUGGCUGAACUGAAGACGUCCCAGUCCAGGAGAGACCUCACAGAUGCUCGCCGCAGCAUCAGUUCACAGAGCAUGUCCUGCCUGAAAGAAAUAUAUGAUCUCCAACAAGACAAAUACCUGAGCUGUGAGAAUCUUUGUGAGAAGAAGUCCUGGCCUGCGCUGGAUGACAAACACUUUGAAGAGGAAAACUCCACCCUGCAACACACCCUUCACACCCUAAAGGCUCAACUGGCAAACGAACGUGCCCGCCGGGUGGAGGCUGAGCGAGAGACGGAGGUGACGGUGGUGGAGAACAGCACGCUGGAGCAACGUUUGAACCUGCUGGAAGGAGCACGACGGCGACAGGCAGAGCUGGAGGCCGAGGUGGAGGAGCUACGCCAGCUGUGGCGCUCCGAGUCAUCCAGCGCGAGACCGACAGACACUCUAAUGCCCGACAACGUUUUCUUUGCUGCCGAUGAAAGGGUGGGGCAAGAGGAAGAGGAGGAGCCAGAGGCAGAGUCUCCUCAUGGGAGGCGGCGCUGCAGCAGCGAAAGCCACAUCCGAAGGGCUCGAGCCGAAGAUAUCCGCCGCGGGCACGAGCGCACGUGUAUCCGGCGGGCCCAGGUGGUGAAGCAGCGUGGGAUCUCGUUGCUUAACGAAGUGGAUGCGCAGUACAGCGCGCUGCAGGUGAAGUACGAUGAGCUGUUACGCCGCUGCCAGCAGGGGGCAGACAGCCUCAGCCACAAGGCCGUGCAAACGGCUGCCGCUCACGCACAGCGCCGCAGGAGUCUGUUGACAAAUGCCACCACAACCACAGAGCCGAUCUGCCUGGCAGAUGAGUUUCAUCAGCCUGAAUACAAAGCACUGUUUAAAGAGAUCUUUACUUGCAUUCAGAAAACCAAAGAGGACCUGAGUGAGAACAGGGCUGUUAGUGAGGCGCAGGGAGUUUGACACUCUCCUGCAGUAAUAAAUGUUUCAAUGUAGUGAUAUGGGCUUUUGCACUUUGAGAUGAUGGACAUGUUGAGAAAAUGGACUGGACAGAAUAAGACAUUCAGAGUUUUGAUGUGAGGAUGUGUGGAUUGCACUAUAUCACCUGUGCCUAUACACGACAUGCAACACCAAACAAAACGUAACGCAAGCUUUAGGUAUAAAUGUGUUCUUUUUUUAGUUUUAAAAGCAAUUCCAGAGUACCUAGAGAAUAUAAGCCAUACAUGCCAUAUGAAUACAUCUUUGCUGUGGGUUAAGAAUCACCAGGUCUCUGUAGAAGGAAAAGACUCUUAACACACUGCGAGUAGACGAAAUUAUUAUUUUUACUAACUGUCGGAACUAACUUACUGGAAAUGAUAUGUCAGAAUAUCACAGAACAUGUCUGGGUAUUUGCAGUAUUUGUUGUGCUGCCUUUAACCAUAAUGUAAACUGAUUUAAACAGAAUAAUUGUCAAACUAUUAAUAAUGAACUAUUACAGUAGUGAGAAAAUAGAAAAUAUUCCUUAGGAUGGAUACAUUAUGAUAAUGUUGGGGGACAGCAUGUUAAACUACCAUGAAAACAACAUCAGAGUCCCAAAAAAUGGCCUUUAUUGUCUUUAUGCAAUAUAUUCUGCCAUUAAAAUAUUGGAUUAAAUAUUACCUAGACAUUGUUCUUGUGAGAUCAAAAGUCGAUUAAAAAGAAAAAAAAGGACUGUAUGUUGCCAGUAGUGUAGGAAUAUAUUAAGAAAUCACACAAGCUAAAAUGAAGGACGUUCUUCCAUCUCAUACUGCAUGUGAUUUCCAGGACAUUACUAAACUGUGGUUUCUUGUAUUUGAGCAAUACUGGUUCAAUACUUUUCUAAAUUAUCAGAUUAGGAGACUGACCUCAAUGCAUUGAUGUGCUAAAAUAUAGUCUGAAUGCUCGACUUUGUCGGGACUUUGUGUGUAUAGUUCGUAUAGAGCAAAUCAUAGUUUAAUGUUUGUUUGAGAAGCGAGGUCGAAUCGCUCGCCCAGGUUCUCGCACUUUUGGUUUUCAUGUUCAUUUACACACUGCUGUGAAACUAUGCACUUUAGGUCAGUAUUGUUUUGUUUUUUAUUUAUUUUUAUUUUUCCAUUUGAUGAUGUAGAAAUUUUAUUUAUUUUAUGUUCAUUUAUUUUCAUGCACUGUGUUCAAAUAUAGUUUUCAUGCUAAUGUGUUUAGGACAACACUAACGUUACUAAUGUUUGAUGAAGGACGACAGUUUCAUUUGAUGAGAAAUUAUAGAUGAUGAUUAUAUUGACUGAAUUGGUUCAUAGGGUUUUAGAUAGCUGUUUAACAGAUGGUGCUAUCUAAAUGUUACAGCAGCACACGGUAAAGUGUUUUCACAAUGUUCCCUGUUAAGUAAUUCUCUGGUUGAUGUAGUUUAACAGCUAACAAUACCUUAUUAUUGUCGGUUUUUGAUAACUGUGUUUCAUAAUCCGAACCAUGUGCUACUUAAUACUUAAAACCAGGAUCAACGAUGCCAUUUUGCAAUAUGCUUAAGAUGUUAAAUGCCAUUGGCCUGAGUUAGAUGGCAUUAUAAGCAGAUAAUAACUUUAUUCAAUGUACUGUGUAGAUUAUUAGGAGAGUGAACGUUGUGCAGGACAGAAAGCAAGAAGUGUUUUUUGAACCCAGAUUUGUCAUUUAAAUAUGUAUAGCUAAUGUUCAUUUCAGUUUGUCCUGAAAAAGUCUGUUUCGAAUUUAAACGUUGUAGAAAUAUAUUUUGUGGUGUUUUGCAUUUUUGAACACGUUGCUUCAUUUCAGCAUUUAAGGAGAGCUCUCCAUAAACGACGGAGCUGUGUUUAUCCAUCAGUAAUCCUGUUUAAACCCGCAGAAUGAUAUGCUUGGCCAGCAUUGUGUUGUAGGGCUUCAGCGUGCAUGAUCAGAUGUCUGAUAAUGUACGAUAGAAAUAUUGAAAUCCAAUUGUUGGGCUUUAAAAUAAUUUUACUUGAGCAGUGUUCAUUCCAAAGUUAUUUCUUUUAUCAUCAAUAUAUUCCAAGUGAGAACAAUCACUUAUUUGCUGAUCACAGAGACAUCUAUUUAUAUUUAUUUGUGAAUGUAAAGAGUGGGGUCAGUUAUUUCAUCCGUCCAGAAUUGAUUGUUUCUGCCACAUUCAAAUCUUGAGUAAAUUUCUACAUUAUGUAUUAUUGUCAUUGACUGCAGAUGAUAGAUCAAGAAUGCAGAUCUGAUCCUUACUGGUGCUGAAUUUAUAAGAAUUUUCAAGAGAUUAGAUCAUUGCUAUUUUAAAACCAUUGAUCUGUGUAUGUAGCAUGACUAACAUUUCAGAUAAAGAAAAU